AUGCUGGAAACUUCGCAGGCCAACGCGCUGGUCUACUCCACGCUAUGCGGCUUCAUGCUUGUCGGUCUCUAUGCCGGCUUCAAGGUUCGCAACACCACCGACUUCCUUUCGGGUCUCCGAACGCAGAGUGUCCUGCCUCCAUCAUCCCACCGCUGCAUACAGCGGACUCGAACGGAUGCACGCAGAGAGGCAGGCAGGCCGCUCGCAAUUGGCGAUCCCGGUCUUGCUGCAACAUUCUGUCCCAACACGACAGGUACGUACCCUUCGCGAUCCCCCUUCCUCGAUCAUCUCGGAUCUUCUCCUCCCGUCCUCUUGUCGCCCCUCGGCUCGACGCCUUUUCUCCUGAUUUGA